CCAGUGCAGCCUGGGAGUUGUAUUUUCCCGGGCCUACCUGUAGAAAACUACAUUCCCCAGCAGCCUCCGCGCUCCAGGCCUCCGCGCAGGCGCAGAAGAGCGGUCAAGUUGCCCGGCGUCGGGAGAAAUGAGCCUCACCUCCGCCCGGAAGACCUCAGAAGCCGGCCUCCUCUUUAGACUCCGUUGGUGCCGCAGGGCCUGCUCCUCGGUGGCCCCCUCGGCGCCGACCUUGGCCUUUGUGCCCGCCUGCCCGCCGGUGGACCCCCAGGGCCUCCAAAAACUGCAGGAGUUUGUGUCCAGCGCUCAGAGGCUCUUUGUCCUCACCGGCGCCGGGAUCUCCACCGAGUCGGGCAUCCCGGAUUACCGCUCCGAAGGGGUGGGCCUCUACGCCCGGACCGACCGGCGCCCCGUCCAGCACGCCGAGUUCCUGCGCAGCGCCAAGGCCCGCCAGCGCUACUGGGCCCGCAACUUUGUGGGUUGGCCCCAGUUUUCCUCCCACCGGCCCAACGAUGCCCACUUGGCCCUCUGGCGCUGGGAGCAGGCGGGCAAGCUCCACUGGCUGGUGACCCAGAACGUUGACGCCCUCCAUGCCAAGGCCGGCAGCCGGCGCCUGACAGAGCUCCACGGCUGCACACACAGGGUCUUGUGCCUCGACUGUGGUGAUCCGACCUCCCGGGAGGAUCUCCAGGCGCGCUUUGAGGCCUUGAAUCCCGGCUGGCGAGCUGAGGCGCACGGCGUGGCCCCGGACGGCGACGUCUUCCUCUCGGAGGAGCAGGUGCGCACCUUCCACGUCCCUGCCUGCGAGCGAUGUGGUGGGCCCCUCAAGCCGGACGUGACCUUCUUUGGGGACACCGUGCGCAAGGAGACGGUGGACUUUGUGUAUCAGCGCCUGGCCGAAGCGGAUGCCGUCCUGGUGGCCGGCUCCUCGCUGCAGGUCUACUCGGCGUACAAGUUUGCCCUUGCCGCCCGUGACCGGAAGCAACCCAUGGCCAUCGUCAACAUUGGCGCGACAAGGGCCGACGGCUUUGCCACCCUGAAGCUGAGCCUGCGCUGCGGGGAGCUGCUCCCGUCCGUCCUCCUUGAGUGACCCAGCUCGGCACCCUUAGAAGUAAACCAUUGAAGGAGAGCAUUGCCCUGGGAGCACAGAGCUUUGCCCAGGGCCCACCUCGUCCAAAAGCAAAGCAAUCGAGAGGUGCCACCCCCAGGAACGGCUUUCUCGGAGCUUCUUUGUGUUCUCCAUAUAAACUCCUUGAGCUCUGCAA